UACAUACAUAGCAGGGCAGGAGCAAACAACACAAAAUACGAAAGACAAAAAACAAUACAAAAAAUACAUAUAUUUAUUUUAUUCACAACAAACUCAAGUGAUGAAGAAAAAUUAUCUAGUAUUUGUUGGCAUCGGUUGCCUGAUUAGCGUGAUGCCAUUCCUGGUGCAUGCUAUGCCGCCUCUGCUGAGCGUUAAGGAACCGGACAAAUCAUUCCAAAAUAUCAGCGAGAGCAUCGUACACAGCCACUCGUGGGUUUCCAAUGUCAUCCAACUGGAAACGAAGUCAACAACACAGUCCGCGGGCGGCACAAUCAGAGGUCAGAUGGUGGCUGCCGACUCCAAUGUCUCUGGGUACAACGAAACACAAGGCAAUGGGAUGCGAACAAAUAGCAGCGCGCCAGUUGAUGGGCUUAUUCGUCUAUUUCCUGGAGCCCUCCCACCAGCCGCCCAGCAAUCCAAAACGACGCAAGGCUUAAGGGCCAGUUCAGAGAAUGAUGGCAUUACGACUCGUUACACGAAAACAGUGGCCACCAGUGUUGAAGCUGUUCAAGGCCGCUAUCGCAACGCAGAGGAAACCACCGACAGUUGGCCAGCGAAUCCUUGGGGCGGGGUCAACUUUCUGCGGCCUCCAAAAAAGAUUAAAGCAAAAAGGUCGAGAACGCCGGCACCCACUUGGCCGUCAAGUCACACCACAGAUUAUCAUACUACCAUAUACUGGUGGUAUCCCGUACUAACCGAUAAUCCCAAUUGGAAAUAUAUACCAGAUCGUGUCGGGGUCACCAAGGUGUGCCGCGGUAAAUCCACCCUCUACAACGUUCCCAUUGUAUAUGACUGGCUAAAGCCUCGAAUCCGUAAUGUCUCAUUAUACGUUCAUCCCAUAUUUUGGCCCCUCCGCAAAGAGAUAUACGACUUUGGUAUAUCGGAGAUGUGCCACACGAACGAUACGCGCGAGUGGUCCGACUACAUUAAUUGCGCCAUUUUCCGGAAUAUGCGAAUGGAGUAUAUGGUACCCAAAUAUCCGUUGCACCAGAUUGCCUAUUUUUUUCCCAUGUACCAUGCAACUACCAUCCAUCCCCGGGGGCAUAUCUCCACACACGGACCUGGUUGGGGUGGCAAGUAAAUAUGCCCAAUGGUCUGGUCAUUCAUCACCAUUAUUAUGGUCAGCUAAUUGUGAACAAUAAAAACAUAUAAAUGC